AAAAACUCAAAGGAAGACGACAGGCCUCCUACGGGGCUGAGGGUAUGCCUGUGGUAGGCCUUCCACCGAACCAACGCCUGCAAGGCUGAUCGAAAAAGCAAGGCAUCUCUCUUUCCCUUACGAAAAAGAAAAAAACAUAUUAAUUAAGAAAUAAACCAAAUAUUGCAGAAUGGAAGAGAAGAAAUUUUGAAGGAAGAGUGAUCUCUCCAUAACUCCCAAUAAAUAGCAGCACGCAGGAGGAGCAAGAGAAAAGGAAGAAAAAGAAAGCUCUUAGUUUCAAUCAUGGAAGAAUCUGAACAGUACGCUUCGAAAGACUACUACGAGGAAACCAGAAGAACAGUCGAGUCUUCCACCACCACGACCACCACCGUGGUCGCCGUCGGCGACGCGACCACAACCAGCGUUCACGUCACCGCCCUGGACGGCCUCGUGAACGUGAACUCCCUGUUCACGGUGGCCAUCUUCGUGGGACUAUCCCUGACGACGCCCGGGCAGCGCAGCCUGGAGAACCGCAGCGCCUGCGACGCCGACGUCAGCGUGGCCAAGAAGCUUCUGGUCUUCGAAGUGGUCUCCUUCAGCUUCUUCCUCUUCUCCUCCCUGGUGGCGCAGGGCCUCAAGCUCGCCAUCAACCUCCUCAACAGCAAAGACGUCGACGAAGCCUUCCGCGCCCACAUCAACAUCAGGGUCCUGCGGUUCGGGAUGCUCGGCUCCGCCGUCGGAUCCGUGAUGGGGUGCUUGUUCUUGGUGCUUUCCAUGAUCAAUGUCAUCGAGAUUCGGCUGGGGAUGUUGUCUUGUGGGAGCAAAUCGGCUGUUCAUGCGGUUGUGGUAUUGAUUAUGCUGGUUUCUUCUGCUCUUGUGGUUUACAUUUCUACUGCUAUAUAUGCUUUUAUGCACUGAUAAUUUAAGUUUAAUUUUAUUGGGAUUCUUCUCCGGGAAUUGGCCUGCACGUUCCAAGUUGAAAAUUGAAGCAUUUCUUUCAUUUGGGUGAA